AACGAGUCAUGACAACUUUUUUCUUUUUGUAUUUCUAUUGAGGUUAGGGGAUUUCAAUAAUAACAAAAACACGUGUCAAGAGCUUUCAGUGAUAAAAAAACAGUUUUUUAAAUCAAUUUACUAUGGAUUCUGAUGGGGAAAUGCAGACUGAGGAGCAGAGUGAAGAAAAAGUCGUCAGUUUCCACGAGUUGGGGCUUGAUGACAGAAUUUUAAAGGCAGUAGCAAAGCUAGGAUGGCUAGAGCCAACUCCCAUCCAAGAGAAAACAAUUCCCCUUCUCCUCGAAGGAAAGGACGUUCUAAUCCGCGCGAGGACAGGCUCGGGGAAGACAGCAGCCUUCACAAUACCCCUCAUCCAAAAAAUUCUCUCAAACAAGUCCCUCCAAACGAGACAAGAAACGAAGGCGCUGAUCCUAGCUCCCAGCAAAGAGCUCUGCAAGCAGAUCCACCAGGUGCUCAGAGACCUGACGAUAAAAUGCUCCCGCGAGGUGAUGAGCGUGGACAUCAGUGGUCAAAUGGAUCUCUCCAUUCACCGGUCAAUCCUAGCUGAGAACCCGGACAUAGUCGUGGGCACCCCUGGGAGGGCUCUCAAGCACCUCAAGGCUGGCCACAUGAACUUGAAGGAGAGUCUUGAAACAUUGAUUAUCGACGAGGCAGAUCUGAUCUUCUCCUUCGGCUACGAGAGCGAAGUUAAGAAGGUCCUGGGGCACCUUCCAACUGUCUAUCAGGCUGCCCUGGCAUCAGCAACUCUCUCGGACGAUGUUCUCUCCCUGAAGAAACUUGUUCUCCACAAUCCAGCGACAUUGAAGCUGCAGGAGGCACCACUGGCGCCGCCAUCACAACUCGCCCAUUACAGUCUUGCUGCUGAGGAGAACGACAAAGCAGCCAUUCUCUACUCGCUACUGAAACUUCACCUGAUCAGGGGCAAGACCAUCAUCUUCGUUAAUACCGUGGAUAGGUGCUACAAGUUGAAGCUGUUUCUAGAGCAGUUUGGCAUUCCAACUUGUGUCUUGAACUCUGAGCUGCCUGCCACGUCCAGGUGCAGAGCUGUCACACAAUUCAACUCGGGAACUUAUGAUAUCAUCAUCGCUUCUGAUGAGAAAGCCCUCGAGGAGCCGCACCUCGCGAAGGAGAAGAAGGGGAAGAGGCGGAAGGACAAGGAGAGUGGGGUCGCCAGGGGCAUUGACUUCCAGUUCGUGUCGAAUGUCGUUAACUUUGAUUUUCCACUCGAUGUCAACUCGUAUGUGCACAGGGUUGGGAGAACUGCCAGGGGGAAGAGCCAGGGGACUGCUCUCAGCUUUGUCGCCAUCAGGGAGAGGGAGAUGAUGGAGAAGGUCGAGGAGACGCUCAAGGGGAGCUAUGGGAAGAAAAGCCUGUUUAAGACUUAUCAGUUCAAGCUGGAGGAGGUCGAGGGAUUCAGAUAUCGAGCCAAAGACGCCUGGAAGGCAGUCACAAGAAUAGCAGUGAGAGAAGCCAGAUUGAAAGAAAUAAAACAAGAGCUCCUGAACUGUGACAAAUUGAAAAGUUACUUCGACGACAAUCCCAGAGACUUGCAGACACUGAGACAAGACAAAGCUCUUCACACUGUUAAAAUACAGCCCCACUUGAAGGAUGUCCCAGAGUACAUAGUUCCAGAGUCGCUGAAGAGGCUCAUAGGUUUUGGAAAGAGAAAACGCAAGUUCAAUAGGGAUGCACCUGCCUCUGGAGCUACACCUGCUAAAUCCAAGCAUCUGGCUAGAGCCUCAAACCCUCUGGUCAGCCUCACAAUUCAGAACAAGACGAGAAAAUGAGAUAAAUCAGUUACCUUAUCAAUUUUUUAAUUAAUAAAAUGUUUAAAAUAGAUUU